AUGGAUCUGCUCGAAACAGAAAAUUUUGGGUACAAGCUUGCCACGGAAGAAGAAGGAAUCAAGGUAUUUGACGAUGCUUUGGAUUUUAGUGAAUUAGAAAGUGACUAUCUAGACCUUUUGGACCUUUCUUCAUCUGGUUAUGUGGUUUGUUCCAAUACGAAGGAUGUUGUUUUGGAUAAGAUUCUGACGAUUGAACAACAAGAAAAGCCCAAAAUUUUGAGCGGGUUUACAAAAGUGACCCAGGUCGCUUUUAGUUACGAUCAAUCGCAAUUAUUUGUUGUGGACGAUGGUAUUUUAUUGGCGAUGUCAAGUGAUAACUUUGAGACCCCAACACGAGAUAAUUUUCACCGCCAACUGGAACUUGAAAAUAUCAAUUCUAUAAGACCCUCACGGCAACAUAAUGGCAUUUUGGUGCUAACUAACGACAAAGAAUUAUACAUUUUACAGGACAAGCAUCAACAAAAAGUUUCAAGUGGUGUAAGUGCUUUUUCAUGGUCAAGUCCUGAAGACAAAUUGAUUACAGCAAAUGGCAACACUAUAAGCUUUGUGAGCCCCGAUGGCAAAGUUUCCGACUCGAAACAAGCCGAUGAUGGUCUCGAAGCUGUAUCUGUUAUAAGUCUUGGAGACAAGAAAAUACUAGCAUCAUUCUCGAAUCAAGAAGAGGAUCUCGAAUCUUUCGCUUUGGACGUAACGUCCCAGAGCUUUAAACCAGUGGAUAUUUCACCAGCGUACGCAGACACCAACCGCAGAAGCGUAUACUACUCGAAACUGGUCCAGCAGUGGAUUCCCAAUAAGAGCAUAACCUUUGUAAUUUCUUCCAAGGCGACUGCUAUCGAUACCAUUGUUCACGACGACCUGAAGGCAUCUUUGGUGGAACAGAUCAACGAAACUGAACGAGCCCAAAUGCCCUUGGACGACGAAGGUGAGGAUGCCACGGCUGUAGGACUUGCGGUUGAUUUGUCUCACGAUAAAACAAAGGUUUUGGAAGUGUCAACUUCAGUAGAAGAGGCAAUUGGCGUCUUGCCGAAGCUCUGGUGUCUAACUAGUAUGGGAACUCUUGUUGCUUGGUGGGUAUUUGCUGCUCAUGAGGUGAAGGAGAACAGUUUGAGCUUGCAGCGUGCUCAAAAGGCUAUUGUGCAAUUGUCGCUAAGUUUGAAACCUACUGAUGCCACUGUUUCGGAACCUUCCAAAAAUAUCCCUGAGGCUGCUAACCCUGUGUCUUCUGAAGAGCAUCAAAAACCAUCUACAGCUGCACCUUCGUUCCAAAAUGCACAACCCGCAUUUGGAGGUUCAGGCUUUGGUGGUGCAGGUUUUGGAGGUAAAGGCACUGGAAGUACAGUUACUGGAGGAGGAUUUGGAAGUUCAGGCUUUGGUAAUACAGGUUUUGGUGGUACAGCUACUGCAGGAGGGUUUGGAAGCACAGGGUUUGGAAGCACAGGCUUUGGGAGCACAGGCUUUGGCUCUCUGCAAGCAUCAGCAUCCGGCUUUGGGCAACUGUCAUUUUCAUCAAAGAAAACCAGUGAUGCCACUUCUGGAUCUACAUCAACUGUAUCGUCCAAUUUUGGCAAGUUCGCUACCAAGGCGUCACCUUUCGGCAGCACCAAUUCCACCAACCUGAUAUUUGGCGGCGAUCAGAAGCUGAUAUUUGGGGCCCAACAAGGAGAGGUGAAGCCGUUAUUUGGAGACAAAAAGUUGGAUGAAACGAAACUGUUGUUUGGUAAAACGGAGCCUCAAAAGCUGAUUUUUGGAGCACCUCCGGUGAACCAGGAAGAGAAGAAACUGAUUGGAGAAGCUAGUGAAAACCAAGACGAGAAGAAGCCAAUUGGAGAACCUACUGAAAAUCAAGACAAGAAACUGAUCGGAAAACCUACUGAAAUUCAAGAGGAGAAGCUGAUUGGAGAACCUACUGAAAAUCAAGAGAAGAAACUCGUUGGAGAAUCUGUUGAAAAUCAAGAACAGAACAAGCUGCUUUCCUCUGAUCAAAAAUUGGGACUGGAAACGGCCACAGAAGAAAGGAAAGUCGAUGACAUAGCUGGUGAAUCCACCAAAGACUCCCCAAUUUCCGGCCAGUCUCUUGAUCGUUUGAGUUUAGAAUCACUGGAAAAACCAAAGGCACCAAGUCCGUUCGCACAAUUAGGACAGACAAAGAGUGGAGAAAAGAAGGAAGAAAGUUUAAUUGCAAGGUUGAAUGACAAGAAAGAUACGCCAGGAACAACCAACCUAGGUAAAGAGAGCUCUCCUUUUCCUGAACUUUCAUCACUCUCAGUUGACUCUAAGAAAGAAGGAACUCUGUCUCCUUUUGGCAAAGGUUUCCAUAAUCGACAACAGUCAGAAUCCAAGCCUGCUUUUUUGUUUGAUGCUGAUAAGUCUGUGGUUCGGAGUUCGGAGCCGGCAACCUCUGAAUCUGACCAGAGUGACGAGCAAGAAAGUGAUCUUGAUACAAGCGAGCAACCAAGACUGGCAGGUCUCAAUCCUAUAUCUGUGAACUCCUCUCGAAAGUUUCAGGUUGGUGGAAAUGAUGAAGAGCGUGGGUCCUUAACUGCAGAGAAGGACCAAACCUCGCUUCAUAAAGAUGACGAAAAUGACGAAGAAUGGGAAACAGUAGAGACGCCAGAGAACAGAUCUGAAGUCAGUGGAGAUGAUGAAGAUGAAGAAGAGGAAGAAGAUUUUGAUGAUAAAGAAGGUGAAGAUGAAGAGGAGGAAGAGGUUGAUGAUAAAGAAGACGAGGCUAAAGAUGAAGACUUGAUAAAUGAAUACGAAAUCGUGGACAAGGCGGAAGCUGAGGGCUACAUAAAUGUACCUGUUGAAGUGGAGCUUCUUUCUUACGGCGGACUUACGAGUAAUGUUGGAUCAGAGCAGAGUAUUGCAGGUAUGGUGAGUAAGAUAUACCAGGAGACGAGUGGACAUUUGGAGAUCUUGCGUGAGAAUGAAGCAAUUUUGGGAGACUUUAUUGAUGCUCACAGUUACAGAAAUGAGGACGUAUCGCUCGAAGAACCAACUCAAUGGACACUUGGUCUGGCCUCAGCAUUGAAGGAGAAAAUGGCUGAUGUUCCAGAAAUCACAGCUACAAACCGAGCUAAGUUUGGUAGUCUAGACGAGCGUCUCACCAACUUACAAAACCAGGUUCGAGCAUCGCAAAAGCUGCGUAUUCCUCUUGAAAAGCAGCUUGCACAGCUAAAGCUGUUGACCGAGAAUCUCGAAUCAUUUUCAGCGAAAAAUCGACCACUCGAUUCAAGAAGUGAAAUGAUGAGAGACGAACUAAGAAGAAAGGUCAAGAAUGUUCAGAAAUCAUAUAACGAAGCCUUGAUGUUGCUUAUGCCAUUAAAGGCACAAGCUGGUACUUCGCGAGACACUGUGAAGAAUUUGGAACGAGCGGUGGUGCAGUUGAGUCGGCGUAUAAAUACCAAGCAAGCCGAAGUGAACAAAUUGACAAAAGAUAUCCAAGCCAUGAACCUUGGCGAGCCAAGAAUGAUCGAAACCAAGCCUUUAUCCACCUACGAUAUACGAAGAAAGUGGCAUGAUUAUUACAGUGAGUUGUAG